UGUAUCUUUUGUAUUCUCGGAGAUCGAGAGAGAUCGUUGGACGAUGAACGUUCACACUACCCUCGGAUAAAGGAAUGUGGUCAUACGUCACACCCUAAUGCUCAACAACAAUACUCGUUCAUGCAGGGACUUUUCUUGACUUAAGCACUGUACACACUGAGCACAUUUUGGGUGACAUGUUGGGCAACAUGUUGACUUGUUGUCCAGGUGCGAUGUAUAAGGCGUAUGUAAUGUUAUAAAGGGUCAACAGGCAGUAAUAGCCGGAAAGGGGCGAAAGACAUUGCAUACUCUAUAGUAUACUGCAGGCCUAUGCCGUUCAUAACAAUUCCAGAAAACUGACCUGGACAUUAUCGCAAUGAACGACUGAUGUGCUGGACGGCUGGUGAUUUUCAACAUAUUCGAUUCUGAUCAAUAACUCUUGGCCUCCUGUGAUGAUUUGUUGCACUUUUAGUCGCCUAGUAACCAUGUGGUAUUUCUAAUUGAUGAGAAACGACUAAAUUAUCAGGUACAUGACCAUCGAACUGGGCGUGAAAAAAAUCUACCAUGCAUUGAAACAGGAUCAAUGAAUGUAUGAGAAGCAUUGUAUGACAUCAAGUGACAUGAUUAUGACCGACGACCCUAUGCCCGUACAAGCAGUUUUCACAUCCAUCAACAUGAGGCGUCUCCAGUUUGUUCAGUCCAUCACCGUUGUCGGUUUGUUCUUUCUUUGUCUCAGAUUUGUCCUGUUUCGGACCAUUAUCCCAGAGCCACAGAGUAUUUACUAUUCAAAAGAACUUUUACGCGAUGGCAGCGCACAGCCAGAUACCGGGAAACGACUGACCGCUCUUGAGCACAACGUCCUCAUGUUCAGUCUUCGAGGACGAAUUUUCUCGGCGCAGAUGAAUGACAUCACGGGAAACGUCACAUCCUCUGUCCUCCAUUCAUUCUCUCCUGUCGUAGACAAGGCGCUCUCUAGGAUGUUCCCGUAUAAGUACGCUAAAUCUCGUGAGAUCAAUGCCAUCAGCCCCGCCAUCACGUGGUACAAGGGCAACGUGGUGGUCGUCCUGAGGGUGUGGCUCAACUACGAACGCGUCUUUCGGGCCAGGCUAAAAGAAAAUAACACUUUCCAAGACAAUUUUCUUUACACUCAGACAUUUAAUCGAUACAUGCAACCCAUCGAUAAUGGACGUCUACUUGGUAUACCCGUCCCAAAACAGUAUACUGUCUUCACGGGACCUUACGAUCCCCGAAUCUUGGCAAUGUCCAACCAACAACUUUUGGUAACCUUUCCAAUGCCAAUGAACGUGGACAAAAUAGAUACUUUACAUCCCUAUCUUUGGGAUUAUGAUGAGAGCAGAAUCAUGAAACCUCAUAUUCAAGGAGAGAGGAUGGCGCGCUUAGACACCAACUGGGUACCGCUGAGUGUCGCCGGGAAACUGCAUUAUGUAUACAGCUUCGAUCCCCUGCGCGUCCUUCAGUGUGACAGCGCCGCGGCAUGUCAUUUCGUCUACAAGGAGAAAUCCCUCAGUGAGUUUCCCUUCAUUGAUAGCCUUGACGUCCUCAGAGGGGGAACUUCUUUAGAGGUCUACAAGGGACCGUAUUACCUCUCGGUAGCGCAUUCAAGCGUCUACAACAGCGGUGGCAAAAGGGAGUACAGUGCCCAUCUUGUUUUGUUACGGACGGACAAAUGGCGCAUCAUAUACGUCAGUGAUGCCAUCCGGAUUCAUCAAUCCAUUUUAGACAAAAUACCUCUGGUGCGAAACUUUGCUAUUGAAAAGUCGUUCCUGUACCCGGUUGGUCUCAUAAUUGAGUCCGACGAUUCGGUGGCUGUUGGUCUCCAUGUAAACGACCGUGAAAGUUUUGUGAUCCGAGUUCGGGGCCUCAGGAAGAUAUUCAAGAAGGCGAUUGAAAUCGACCUCAUUAAUGACAUAAAAGCGUCUCAAAGUCAAGAUGUGAGGACGAUACAAAAUUAUGUAAAAGAAAGUGUGGUGAAGAGUUAACACAUUACUAUGAACGUUCUCAUAGCCGUCCAUUUCACGACCGAUGGAACACAGUGCGGUCCUUCGACGAUUAUUUAAUAAGUUUCGUUUGCAAAAUGCCCGCAAUUCUAGUGGAACAUGCAUGCAACCUUAGAAGUCGGCGAACAGCUUCAUUCGCUUUGGGAUCGAUGGCUCAGAGUUGAUUCUACAAUUGCUUUUAAUGCAAGGUACGGUCCGGUCCACAGGGAGGUGCGUGCGGAAAACGUUACGAAGGAGGACGAUAAUCUCAGGCAACAUGGUACUAUUGAUUAUUAAUAUUCUUCAUGCAAACGUUUGUCACAGUCUAUGUUCCUGUAAGAAAUCCAUUAAAGUUUUAUAUUACUCCGUAAUCAA